AUGCCGACUGUCAUCCAGUCCAAGUCCUCGAAAUCCUCCUCCAAGAAGGAGCGAGUAGUCGGCUUCCUCAAAGACCCCGUGAGCGCUGUGUCACGUCCUGUGAACACGGAGGAAAGCUGGGCGGCCUACGACUUUGAGAUGCACGCCCGUAAAUGCGCCUACUGCAUCAACCCCUACAACGUCCACCGAUCUCACGAGCAGCUCUGUGAUGUUGGUCACCGCCUUGCUCAAGAGGUUGCACGAUACAUCUACAAUAAUGCCAACGGCGACACAUAUUCCACAUUCGAGGAAGACCACAAGCUUGUCCGCGUUGAGAUUCCUGCCGGCUACGACCAAGUCCGGAGCCUUCUAAAGGCUAUGGAACGAUCACUCCGACACCGAUCACGAACUCCAUUCGUUUCCAUGGACCGCACCUACUACGUCUCAACCCGCAUCCCAGAGCGGACUCGAUCGGUCAAGAUUGAACAGGCCUCCAAGCCGAAACCGCGACCACGGUCCGGUGAGAUCGUUGAUUGGCCAACACCAAAGUCGACCAAGCCCAAGGUCAUGACCGAAGUCAACAGCUCCGUCAGCUCGAAGCGAGGGUCUCUGUACGAGCAAGACCUCGCCAUUCAACGACGAAACGCCCAACGAUACUCUGUAGAAGUUCGAGAGCCGUCUGCGCGCGACAUCCGCGAGCACCGCCUCUCCGGAUACUACAGGUGA